UUGGUGUUCUGCUCGUGCAGUAGUUUUUGGUGUCCUGCCGGUGGUGUGCUUUGCUCAGUGUGGUCGUCAAAUGUCGAUCAACAAAAAAAGUAAAAAAAUCAGGUUUUGCAGUUUUUGAGACGGAAACUCAUCUAAUUGUCACACAAAUCGGUCCUUUUCACUUUUCUUCUCGUUCCUUCGGAACCAUUCAUAAAUGCUUCUUCGUCAAACAAACAAUAAACCAAGUAAGUCAAUCCACCACUAAGUCAAUAAAGUAUCCCAAGCAAUACUUCGAAACUACAAUGCCAGGAAACAACAACGACCUCGGUUCGAUGCCCGAAGAGGACGCAGCAAAGGCGACCAUUCCUCUAGCCUUAUUCCUCAAGCUGGGUGAUGCAACGACUCCUGGAACGGAUGAGCGCAAUAUGCUUUUCAUGGAAGCCCACAUUGGGUUUUUUGCCUUUAACUUCUUCAACGUCUUGUACAUUCUGGUCGUGCAGGGCAUCAUCGAAAGAGAACUCCAGAGAAACAAAAUCCUCAAGAUCACCCUGGGCGCCUGUUUGUGCCAGCUCAUGAGCUGCAUCUGCAGCAUCCACCGGUACAACACCAACGACGAGUUUUCAGCGGAUGGACCCUUUGCCCACAUCAGCAUCGCGACGGGCCUCGUAGCAUACACCUUUGGCAACAGCGCCUGCGUCUUGAUCGGCCUGAAUUCCAACGCGCGCGAAAGCAUCGAAAACUUUGCCGGGCUCGGCAUUGCCCUCCAUUAUUCGGUGCUCGGGGUUGGUUGCUGCUUCUUGACCGCCGUCUAUUGCUUUCUGCAGGGAUACAUCCACUGGGAUCCCGAUCCAACCAAACUGCAAAACUUUCAACCCUUUCGCAAAUUCAUUGGUGUUUCAACGAUGUUCCAACUCUUGGCAAUGGCACGGUGUCUGUACAAGUACGAGUAUUCUGGCGUGUCCAAUGAAAGGAUCGACUUCUACCCAAACGACCCCGCGAGACGAUCCAGAGGAUCCGUGGUCCGGAUGUUUCAAACCUGCAUCUUCUUUGACCUUGUUGCACUCGGUCUAGCUGGCACCGGAAUUCCUGUCGUUCAAUAUCCUGCUACUGGUUCGACCUUCUCCGUAUUGACCUUGUGCAGCACCUUCGUCGGCCGCAUGAACUUUACCCGAGCCCCUGAAUCUACGGAAGGCGGGGACGGGACUCUGGGCAUGCUUCUUGCGAGUGAUACCGGCUAUGGAACUCCUAACCCCCGUAAUGUUGAUACUGCGGAGGACAUCGAAGCCGGCGCAGACGCAGACUCCAGCACCGUCAGCGAAGAAUCCCGGAACGGAUUUGUGAUCUUUCGUAAACAGCGAACUCCUUGACGGAGGAGGAGCGGUUUCGGUCAGAUAGUAGAAGUACCGUACAGUUGUUGUCGACAUGAACGUGUGUUACUCUUUUUUACAUUUACAAUAAAUUAUAUAAUACAAGUUCUAUGGUACUCUGCGAUCGCCAACCACAACUCCACUGCCACUGCUCCUGAUUCAGCACGCGUUUCCACACUUUGCAGAACUUCUUGUUGCAGCUGCUGCUUGUUGUUUCCAUCCUUUCUGCCAGCACCAAUCAACCCCAUCCUCUCCAUGAUCCGCGACGUCAAUUGUCGUGGUGCUGAUGCGGAUUCCUGUAGCGUUCCUUCCCCUCCAGUGGCCGGCUUGGUGUUGUUGUUGUUGUUAUUGCUCAUUUCAGAGCCAAAAUACAGCAAAAACUGCUUUUUCUUUCAAAAUACUCGGUCGAUUGCAACGAUACUUCCGGAUCAAGUCUACUUUGAUGUAUUAAGGAGGUGUCGGACACUAGUUGUCUGUGUUAUCGAGGGGAAGACAGUUUCUUUUUUGUUUCAGUAUGGAGUUCGUCGUUGCUGUUUUUCGUCGAUAUUUUAGCUGUAGCUUAGGACUCCUGUUUCUUGUAAAUCACUAGGUCGAUCGAUCCGAUACUUCCGUAUCCUUGAGCCCUUAACGUAAGGAUUGAAAAACUUGUCUUGUGAGCGCGAUUGGUUGGGUAUUGAUAAAGAUCUGGAGGAGUGACAGUUUGCUUUGUUGAGGUUGAUUAAAUGAGAAUAUUUUAU